AUGCAGAAAUUGUGGCAGAGAGGCUACAACUGGGACGAUCAUCUUUCACCAGAAGAAGAUGCUGAAUGGAGGCUUCUGUUUGAGGAAAUGAAAGGAUUGAAUGGAGUAUCACUAGAAAGAUGCCUUACUCCUCCUGAUGCUCAAGGCAAGCCAGUGUUGUGCAUUUUCUCUGAUGCUUCCGAAAAUGCAUAUGGUGCUUGUGCAUACCUGAGAUGGCAAACCAGAGAUGACAGGUAUGAGACUCGCUUCAUUGCAUCAAAGUCAAAGGUAGCACCGUUAAAGGCAUUGACAAUACCGAGAUUGGAAUUACAAGCUGCCGUGUUAGCUGCCAGACUUUACAAGUCAAUCACCGAGGAGAUGAGACUAGAGGUCGAGAAAGUAGUGUUCUUCACUGACAGCAUGAUUACUCUGCAGUGGAUCAAGUCUUCAGCCAGGGUAUAUAAGCCUUUCGUAUCAAGUAGAGUUGGGGAGAUUCAGACUCUCACUGACCCAUCAAGUUGGAAACACAUUCCUGGUGAAGAUAAUCCAGCAGACAAAGUUUCGAGAGGAAUCGCAGUGAAGGAACUAAUGGAUGAAUGGAUGUGCGGUCCUAACUUUCUCCACCUCAAUGAACCAGAGUGGCCAGUGGACAAAGCUAUAAUCGAUCAGAAUCUUGAGAAUCUAGAAAGACGAAAGACUCAGACAGCCUUAGUCAUCAACAUGACAGUCAACCCCAUCGAAUGUGAACGCUUUUCAAAAUGGCGAAAGUUAGUAAGAGUGACUGCCUACGUUUUCAGAUAUGUGCAGAUUCUCAAGUCAAAGCUCAUGAAAGCAUCCAUACCGGAAGAUGAUGUAACUUUACCUCCUGGAGAAUUAGCGAAGGCUGAGCACUACUGGACGAAGGAGGCUCAGAAAGGUCUGAAGAGCAGAUUUGAGAAAGGAGAAUUCAAAACUCUCACUCCUUUCCUUGACAACAAAGGAAUAAUCAGAGUAGGGGGUAGAGUGGAAAACUUAGUGACAUCCUACGAAUCUAAACACCCAGCUCUGCUGCCAGCUAGCCAUCAUAUAGCUCUUCUAAUCACACGUCAUGUUCAUGAGAUUGGACAUCCGGGAAUUGAGACAACGACCGCCAAGACUAGACGUAAGUUUUGGAGAAAUUGGAACGCAGAUCGUAGGAACGUUCGUGUAGGAGAUGUUGUAAUGACUGCAGAUAGUAAUGCAGUACGUGGAAAGUGGACUAUAGCUAGGAUCAUUCAGGUUUAUCCAGGACCUGAUGGUAAAGUUCGGAAUGUGAAGCUAAAAACUGUUUCCGGAGAGUAUCGGAGACCGAUUACAAAACUAGCAGUAAUUUACCCAGCAGAAGGUUAUAUUGACUAG